AUGCCUCUCACCGUCGCAGGAAAGCCAGUUGGCGCCAUCGGCUAUGGAUGCAUACCAUUAACAAAUUACUCCACCCCGAUCCCAAAAGAACAAGGUUUCGCAGUCCUUAAGGAAGCACUCAAGCAUGGUGCCAACUUCUGGAAUGGAGGCUGGAACUAUGGCACACCGGAUUGGAACAGCUUACACUUCUUCAAGGAGUACUUCGAAAAAUAUCCAGAGGAUGCUGACAAAGUCGUCAUUUCCAUCAAAGCCUGCUUCGAUAUGCAAUCAAAUUCUGCGAAUGCCGACCGAAAAGGCGUCCACCAGGCCAUCGAUAAAUGCUUGGAAGUAGCGGAUGGCAAGUUCAAGAUCGAUGUUUUUCAAGCCGCUCGUCUGGACCCCAAUGUGCCAGUCGAAGAGACGGUCGGAGCUAUCGCUGAAUACGUCAAAGCUGGCAAGAUUGGAGGCAUCGGCUUGACUGAAUGCAGUCCGGCUAGCAUCCGGAAAGCCGCCGCUGUGCAUACAAUUUCUGCCGUCGAAAUGGAAAUCUCUUUGUUUGAAACCAGCAUAUUUACAGAUGGUGUUGCGGAAGCUUGCAAGGAAUUCAACAUCCCUAUCGUUGCAUACUGCCCACUCGGACGAGGCUUUCUUACCGGACAGAUACGGAAACUGGAUGAUCUUCCUGAGAAGGACCGCCGAAGAAUGAUGCCUCGAUUUCUACCUGAGAACAUCGAUGCAAAUUUGAAGAUUGUGGAGGAAGUGGAGCACAUUGCUAAGAAGAAAGGCUGCACACCAGGGCAGAUCGCGAUGGCUUGGGUCAUUCGACAAACAGCAUCGAUCGGUGCGACAGCAAUCCCCAUUCCAGGAACAAGCAAUCCGGCAAGGAUCGAGGAGAAUGUGAAAGUGGUAGCGCUCACUCCAGAUGAGAUGAAUGAAAUCAACGAGGUCCUUAGCAAAGCAGAGGUCAAAGGUGCACGCUAUCCAGCGCAAUUUGAGAAAUGGUUGAAAGUAUAG